UCUCGUCUAUCACACACGUGGUUCGUGCUGUAAUUCAAAUCAACGGUCAAAACUCUUGGGGUCAAGCACUCGAAAGUAGAUAAUUCACCUGCAAAAAGAGUGAGGACAGGCAGUGAUGUGAUGUUUUGUUGCAGUUUUGAAAAUUUCACGUAGAUUUCUUAAUCUUCAGUUACAUUUGGGAAUGAAAGUUUGCUAUAUGUUCUUUCCGUAAAAGAUUUGUUGGUUAUAAAUAAGCACCGUGAAAGUGGAAUUGUCAGUGUACUAUAUCCUCGGAUACUGAAAUCUUGUACAAUGGAAAUCUCGGGGGUAAAACUACAUAAAAAAAUUCGGGAAAUCGUUCCUGAAAUAUCGCAAAGCAUUACACCAGAAGUUUUGAAUAAACUUUGUGAUCAACCAGUGAGCCAGCCAUUUCUAGAAUGGUUUUGUUCCCACGUAACUCAAGCUAAUGUUCUAUCAGAAGAAGAUAUAUUGAUUAAACAGCACCUACAAAAAACAGGCAAAUGGGUCACCGAGAAUCUAGAUGCCUUAAUUGAAAAGGCUACUAUAGAUUAUCCAGAGCUGCUGCGACUUGUAGAACCUGGUAAAAGGGAUGAAAAUUCUAUCUAUGAAAUGGAAAAAAAAGCAUUCGAAGAAGAUGCUGCUUAUUUACAAAAGCUAGAGGAUAGCAUAAAAAUUCUGAAGGAACAGGAAGAUAAACUAGCUGAAGAAAUUGAACAUGAGCAAAUUGAACUUGAUAAAGAUAAUAUAGAAGUAGAAGAGUGCUACAAAGAUAACUUAGAUCUUUUGAGAGAUUUUGAAGAAGUUCACAAGCUACUUCACAGUGACGUAGAACAUUUAAUCAACAUUUACGCAGAUGCUGCUGAAAUGAAAGGACCUUCGAUAGUUUGGACCCAGAUGCCUUUAGAACUAUGUAAAAAUCAGACCGAAAUGUACAUAAACUAUUUGUCUGCUUAUAUAAAACGACGGUUUGGAAACAACUCCAGAGAUGAGCACACGGGUGACUCAGACUAUGAUACUUUCACAGAAGAUAGCAGAGACCGACGUGGUGAAGAAAUGCUUCAAGAGUUAUCCACUUGUCUCAGAAAGCUAACAACUUCAAGGUUUGAAGAAGUAACAGCAAAAGUUAGCGCAGAUGCCUGUGCAGCUAUCGAAGAGCUUGCGAUAAAUAUCUAUAACAAUGGCAGUCCAAGAUUACCACAGUCUCAAGCUCAACUUGAGUUGGAAGUUGUAGAGCUGAGCGGUCGAAGAGAUUUUUUGGAAGAAAACGUACGACUCCUGAGAGAGAACCGUUUAGAAGAGUCUAUCACUCAAUCAUCAGAAUUGGUAAUAACCGAAAUCGUUUUACAAGAUGCCCAAUCACGCUAUGAGCAAAGAGAACGCCGUUUAUUCGAUAUGCUGAGGCUACGGGAGCUGGCAUCUGAACAUGGGCAUGCUCAUUCCGACCUACUUUGUAUGUUGAUGGAAUUACAGUACCGUCGACUUAUGGAAGCACUUGAAAUUGUUGCUGAUGCUCGACACUACCUUGCUACUGAAUAUUUACUUUCUUCUACGAGAAACAAUGUCAUGCUGGAACUACAAGCCGAGUAUGAAACAACGUGCUCUGAUUUGCCCGCGAAAACUAACGUGUAUAAUAAAAUCUUUAUUUCCAUGAUGAACGGCGACCCAAACGACAGAGAUUCAAUGGCCUUGUCGAUGAGGCUUCUCAAACAAUUAGUAGUAGAUAACGACGCGAACGAGGAGAAAAUGUUUGGCAUUGAGCUUGCCGAACGAAUAAACGGGGUCAAGUUAUUGGAAGAGAAGGUCAACGAAGUUUAUGAACGAGAAACAAAUAGCGGGCCUAGUUCGAGUUUGAAGCCAAUGUCUUUCGUGGUAGCUUUACGGACGGAGGAAGCUGAGGUCCGUGUUUCCCAACUUCAAAAUGAAGUUUCUAUUCGCAGGAAUCGAUUGAAAGAAAAAUUGAGGAAAAAUUGCGACGGAUUUGAGUGGGAGAGUACAAUUCUCUGGCAAAGAUUUCUGGCAGAUCCAAACUCCAUGAGUGAAGUCUAUCAAGAAGCUCAAAGGCGGUUGGAACAACUUCACUACGCUAGCGGCUACUGAACUGUAAUUCUGAAUGAGGGACCCAAUCCUUGAAUAUUCCUACAACUUCACCCGGAUUUCAUACCCAUCCCAAUGUAUGGAGUUGCGAUGCGAAAUAUAAGGUGAGUAGAAAUCGGUGCCGUACUUUGAUAUCAUUAGAAAUUCAUCUCAUUAUUUCAUGAUUGAUAUUAUAUUUUAUGCGGAAGCACAAAAAGAAAAAUAUCUUUUCUAAUUUGGUGACAAAUCUGUGAGCAACGUCGUAUCCAGGCAGCGGAAUAAACACGUGGCGAUUUCAAAUAGAAAGUAGCAUAAUCUUAUCUCGUACCUUUACUCUCGUUCUUUUGUAUAAUAAUAUCAGCGAAACAGUUUCAUAAGAGUUACCUACUUUCGUAGUUCCAUUCUCUGGGACAUUUGUUUAUUAUACAUAAUAGAUAAAACAUCGUAUGUGUGUGCGUUGCCAGCAAUUAGAUGUCGAGUGAAUAAUACGUAAGUAACGUUGGUACAUUUUCAAAGAGCAACGUUUAUUCAAACCGCAAGUUUCAUCGCUAAUCAACUCGUACGGUGAGGAGCGAACAAUCGCGACCUACUCACUGGGUGUAUGUAAAUUAAAGAAAAUGCAGAAAUUUACAGCUCAAUUAAUGCGCCUCAGGACACCCUGAGCAUAGUAAUUGCCGCCUGCAGAUCAGAGUAAAUAAAGUAAUGAUUUAUUAUUCAGGCUGAACAAACCUUGAGCUAGUUUACCAAUUCAUCCGAUUAGCCAUAUAAUAACUAUGAACGGAUACCUAUUUUCAAGUUGCAUAAUUACCACGCGAUACAUUUAUAGUAUCAUUUUUUAAUUUCAUAUCUCACGAUCCAUUUCGUUUUUCCUCGCCUGGAUACAUGUGACAUUUAUCAAUAAUCAAUUGCUAAAUUGAAUGCGAUAUGGAUACCUCAUAUUCAGCGUUUUUUCAUGACUGUAUUUGCUACGGAGACUGACGAACGUUCGAAUGAACGACUAUGUAAAUGAUAUUUAAAUUUGCGUACAUUGUUUUGACUUUUCGAACAUCAUUAUUAUUACAAUCGCAUAGAUCACAGACUGAUUAUGUAUAUCAAACUCUCUCCCGCUCUCUCUUUAACCUUGGUGCGCCUCGUUAUCUAUCGCAAGUUUGCAUCGAUUUCGCUGGAAAAAAAUUUUCGUGUAAAUAAUGUUGAAACGAACUCCUCUGCAUGUCGUCCACGAUUACGUUCGUCCUCGUAAUAUAUUGAAAAAUAUUUUUUCUUCUCCAACGCGCGUUUACAUUUCAAGAAAAAAUAACGAAAAGAAAAAGAGAAAAAGGAGGAGCAUCAGUGACACUGACGCCAGACUUUCGCUCAUCUGAGAUAUCCAUGAUUAUGAUAACCCUGUAGUUCUAUACGUGUCAUUCAGCAAAAAUAUGAAAAAGCUGUGUGAAAAAGAUAUUUAAAUAUCACAGAAACAUGCCCCGUAUAAAGGGCAACGCGUUCUUCAUUUACUUCUAGGAACAUCUAUGUUACAUACUAGACAACGUUAGCUAUGUAUUUAUCCGCACACGUGUAUGUUUCCGCUGGGACGACAAGGCACAGUGAAUGAUACGCAACGACCAACGACCGGCACCGGGCAGACGUGUGCGUGUGUAUCAAAUAAAUAUAUAUAUGUGAGUAUCAUGUAUAUUCCUAUACAAGCUGGAGGCGCGCACGAGCUUUUAGUGUAACCUUGAUCCUAAAGCGUGGGGGACGGAGGGGCGGAACAGGCAGAGGAAGAGGGCAGGGCAGGGCAGGGAGAAGGGAAGAGAAGGGUCAGUCAGGUGGCUCGAAAUUUUGACGAGAAUCAUCCAUCAGACGACAUUUUGUAGGUAUGUACGUAACUUGUGACACAAUUAUGCGGCAGAGCAAUCUAAGAAUAGAUAUCUUUAUCAAGUUGGUCGAUAGGUGUUGUUGAUAGAGAGAUCAACAACGAUUAUUAAUUGACUGGAUUAAUGACUAAAAUAACACAAACGAUAUCGCCCUCUGUCAAGAUGGACGUCAAAUACGUUUGCAAAUAGAAUUUAACCGGGUGAUCAGGGGGAGUAAAAUUUGAACUAGUCGCGGAAGGAGGAAAUAGGCAGGUUGCCGGUGUGGUAUAGAGCUCGUAUCGAUUGACCAGGCUCGUCGUUUGGAGUUAACGGUUUGUUUACACGAGCUUCAGAUCAUGGCGCAUGCGCUAGACGAUCCAAAACAAUAAUAGAGUAGGAAGGAAGGCUGGCCGACGACGGUGGCGAGCAGGGAGGCGGCAGUAGUCGCUGGCUCGAUUCCCCCAUCGUGUCGCUCCGAGAACACAAGCUUGACUGAAGAUAUCGCACACACAACACGGACACGGAUGGUAGGAGAGGCGCACGCGUUUCACACAAACGAACUAUCCUUCCCAAAUACAUAAGUAUAUAUUUCUCUCUCAGAGUUACGAUCACUGGUGUUUUGUUGCCUUUAAAACAGGCCCGGUGUGUUACUGGGUGGGAUUAUUUGGUUCUUUGAGUCGCAGCAUCGGCCGACGACGACGGUCACGAAACGGACUUUCGUCAGCAGUAAACCACAAUCCCGACAGUGUUGCUCAUUGUGCAAUGUUUAAUCAACUGUUCUCGAUUCAACCUCUUUAAAAAAGAAGAGAAA